CAUGAACUAAAAAUCUUAUCCCAUGGGUAGCGCAUCACUCUAUGUGUCUUUAUUUCAGCAAGCUCCUCUCUUUUCAUCGUUGUGGAGACAAACUCUACCAGCCUUGCCUACCCACUGAUGGAGGGAACCAAUGUUACACUGAAAUGCGUCUCCUCACAGCGAGGUCUGUCACAUCUUAACUUCUCUUGGCCAGAGACUGCAGGAGGUCGUCCUUCUGGUGAAUACCUCAUCUUUGACAACCUGACCAGAUCACACAAUGGAGGCAGAGUGAGGUGUAUGGCCAGUCAUGGACAGCCUCCGAGAAAGGAAAUUAUUACAAGUGACACAUUGGCAAUGAAUGUUUAUUAUCGCCCUGUGGUUAGAAUAAAAUGGGAAGGAAACACGUGUGAACCUCUGGAGUCCAGUCCAAGUCGCUGUGUUGUCAGCCAAUACCAGCAAGUCAUUCUUUACUGUGAGGCUGACAGCAACCCUCCUCCUGCUUCUGCAAGAUGGUCUGGACCGGUUAACAGUGCAACCGGACAGUUACAAAUAUCCUCUGCAAAUAAGACCUUUCACAAUGGUCGGUACAUCUGUAUUGUGUCUUCUAAGCCACUGUCCAGUGAUGGCCGUCUGACGCUAAAUUCGACAUACAGCUUUGAAGUCAUUGUAAAAUACUCAUCUCAAGUGCUGAACUUUCAAGUCAACGAAGAAAUGCAAUGGGUUGUGACUGUUCCUGAACACUCCCGAGUGUACAUGCGGUGUGAAGCUGAGGGGAGACCAUCACCUCACAUGACGAUUGUCCGUGACACGGGAGACAAGCGAGAGGUCGCCAGCAGACCCCGAGGAGCACUUCAGCUCACUGACCAAAGAGUAGUGUUAACAUAUAACUUGACUGCUGCACCUUACGAGGCUUCAGGUAACUACAGGUGUGAGGUGGACAACGGAGUUGGAAAAGAUAUUCAGAGCAUCAGGAUUUACGUUGUUUCAAGUCAGCUGACAGCUCGUUUGGCGAACGGGACGUGGUGGGCGGGGCGCCUGGAGGUGUUGUACGACGGGCGAUGGAGUACAGUGUGUGACGAUGACUUUGAUAAAAACGACGCUCGGGUGGCCUGUAGGAUGCUGGGAUUUGACAGUCCCGAAGCACUAUUUGUUGGCUCUAAGAUGUACGGGGCAGGUUCAGGAAACAUUUUGCUGGGCGACUUGGCUUGUACGGGUACAGAAACCAGCUUGGCAAAAUGUACCCACAAAGGGUACAAUAACCACAACUGUAACCACGGAAAAGAUGUCGGUGUCUUCUGCACCAUCCGUGAGGACUGCUUUAAUUUUAUUCACAACAUGCCACGCAGAAUGUACAGUUAUUUAUCUAGUAUCACUGCUUUCACAUAA